AUGGACGCGUUCGUUGAGCGCGCGGACUUCGACAAGGAGCUCCUGAUCGACACCGCCAGCGGGCUGGGCAAGUGGCCGCUGAACGAGCGCGACAAGGAGCUCCGACCCGGCAUCUACACCAAGUCCGACGACGUGGUCGAGAGCCUGAAGGACCUGCAGCGUUUUUUGCGCCGGGAUGAUCCCGCCACGCGCGGCGUGUUCUACACGCUGGCGGACCUGAAGAUCGUCGCGCAGGACCUGGUCCCCCUGAUCGUGUUCUACCCGGACGAGGAGGACGUGGUGUACAACGCGCUGAAGGUCCUCACCUUUCUGACGAUGCCCGUGGACAUGGAGUCGCCGCAGGUCGCGCGGCAGAUCGUGGCGCUGCAGGACAUCCGCGCGGCGUUCCUGGACGGCGACGCGCUCUCGCAGGUCGUCGCGCUCCUCUCGGGCCCGCUCGAGCGGCACCCGCGCAUGACCGAGAAGGACGCGCUCACGGUGCAGCUGGUGCUGUGCUUCCUGCGCAACCUGCUCUGCGUGCCCGAACACCAGACCGCCGCGCACCGCGAGCGCCUCGACGGCCGCACGCCGCAGCGCGACGCCCUCCUCCUGCGCUUCGCCGAGGACUCGGUCACCGACCUGCUCGCCUCGGCCGCGCAGCACGCGCACGAGCAGCCCUUCCGCCAGGACGCGUCGCUGCUCCUCGAGAUCAUCGCGGAGGUCGCCGCCGCGGGGCGCCCGGAGGACCUCAACCGCGCGCGCCUCGCCAGCGACGAGGAGGCCCUCGCGGACCACCGCAAGCGCGCGGGGGGCGGCGCCGCCGACGCGUCCAAGCUGGGCGAGCUCCUGCGGACCGGCGCGACGGCGCGGAAGGCGCUCCCGCCCGCGCGGCACCCGCGGUUCGCGGGGACGUACGUGCGGCGCGGGGCGGUCGGCGGCGGCGGCGCGCGCACCGUCAAGGGGGACUACAAGGCCAAGGGCGAACACAUCUCACACCUGUCCUCCAAGGGCAAGCUCGGCGCCAAGGACGAGCGCGCGCCCCCGCAGCCGCCGUCGCUGCUCGUGCUGAAGCACCUCGCGGCGUUCGCGGACCUCCUGCUGGACGGCGGGUACGACGUGCUGAUGGACAUCACGCGGCAGGAGGCGGAGAAGGGGCUGGGGAUCUCGCGGCUGGACCGGACGGACUACGUGCGGUUCCUCAACGUCGCGCGGUUCUUCGCGGAGUACGUGUCGCGGAAGGCCGAGACCGACGGGAAGCGCCGGGCCGCGGAGGCGCGCGCUGCGGCGGGCGCGGGGGCCGCGGCGCCCGAGGUGCAGCCCGCGGACUCGCCGUUCGGGCAGAUCACGGCGACGAUGGGGUGGGGGACGUUCCACCUCGCGUACACGCUGUGGACGGGCCAGAUCGAGAUCCCGGCGUCGAUGGCGGACAAGGACUGGGAGCUGAUGCACGCGGCGGUGGGCCUGCUCAAGGAGAUGCUGUUUGCGCUGCAGACGGCGCUCAAGUACGGAUCGCAGCAGGACCGGCGCGCGGCGGACCGCAUGCAGCGGAAGCUGAUGUUCGACACGCAGCGCGAGACGGGCCUGCUCCCGCUGCUGGCGCGCGCCAUGCGGGGCUUCAACAUGAAGCACGAGUCGGCGCGGCACGCGCAGGACCUCGUCGAGGCCGUGUACGUCGUGCUCAAGACGCUCGACCGCCUCGACGAGUGCGAGGUCGGCGGGUUCGUCGUCGGACGCAAGCGCAGGAGGAAGCGCGCCAAGGCCAAGCCCAAGAAGGCCGACGGCAAGGGCAAGGACGGAGGCCAGGAGAAGGCUGCGGGGGACAAGGAGGGGGCUGCGGAGGAGGGCAAGGCCGAGGGGGGCAAGGCGGGCGACGGGGAGCCGCAGCAGGAGGAGGGGGAGUAUUGGAUGGAGGAGCCCGACGGGGCGGACCGCGAGGCGGCGCUGGAGGAGGUCAAGCUGGACCGGAUCAAGCGCUUCCGCAUGGACCUCGCGUCGCCGGUGAUCGUGGCGUUCUACACGUGGGUCCUGCGCGGGUACCGCAACAACCACGCGUUCCUCAACCACUGCGUGCUGGACUACUUCCGGCGCCUCGCGCUCCCGGACAAGUGCAACCUCAUGCCCAUGCUCUGGCAGCUCUCGGUGCUGCGCGUGUUCGAGGUCAUCAUCAACGACGAGCACCUCCGGAAGACCAACGGCCUCCCGCACCUGCGCGCGUUCAUCACGGAGGUCCUCAGGGAGAUGUUUGCCAGGAUGAUGUACGUCCCGCCGCGGGAGGCGCGCGAGGCCGCCGCUGAGGAGCCGGGGGACGCGGACGAGGCGGCCUCGCAGCCCGGAGCCACCGAGACGGACGCCGACCUUGAGGCGGCCGUUAAGAAGGAGCAGCUGCGGCGCGAGGCGGACAUCCGUUUGGGGUGCGCGUCGAUGUUGUUUGUGGAGCUGCUGUUCUGGAAGUCGGCGAAGGAGACGGACGACCUGCGCGAGGAGUAUCACUGGCGCGAGGUGUACGAGCGCCGCGAGCGCCUGGAGGGGCGCAAGAUCAAGGCCAAGUUCGGCGCGGACCUGGUGGCGCUGAAGGAGGUGGCGGGGGCCGAGAGCGACAACUACUCCGACAGCGAGGGCGAGUGGGACGUGGGGGCGCUCGCGGAGGGCGCGAAGGAGGCGCGCAGGCGCAACAAGCGCGGCGCGUGGCCGCUGGAGCGCGAGGAGGAGCUCAAGAUGUGGUGGGAGCGCCUCAAGGACGAGAGCAAGGUGGUCGACCUCAUCACCGCGCAGCUCGCGAGCAACGGGUUCGAGCAGCCGCGCGCGACGGUGCUGCGGAAGCUCAAGGAGCUCGAGCUCUGGCAGCACCGCCCGCGCGGGGUCGGCGGGCCCGUCGGGUCAGCGGCCGGGCGUGCCGUGGCGGCGCUGCUGGGCAUGAAGCGCACGGGCGGCGCGGAGGCCGUCGCGUGGCUCGAGGCGCGCCUGGACGAGGCGCAGAUCAUGUGGGCCCCGUCGGCGAGCGCCAGGCCGGAGCAGGGGCCGGCGGCCGCGGGCGCCAGUCCCGUGUCAGGAGGGGAGGACUUCGAGAUCAUCGCGUGGGACGAGGAGGGGGAGGCGGCGCUGAAGGCCGCGCCGAUGCAGCGCCUGCUGCGCGUCCUGGGCUGCCGGGCGCCGGGCGUGUCGUCCCCGGCCACGGCGGCCCCGGCUGGCGAGGAGGAGACGGGCGCGGUGGCGGCGAGCGAGUUCUGGCGCGUUCCGGGCGAGCUGGGCCUGGAGGGCCUGCACGCCAUGCGGCGCGUGCUGACGGCGGCGCGGAGCGAGGGCGAGCGGCUGCGCGACGAGGCGGAGCUCGAGCGGGCGGAGAAGCGCGCGCGGGGCAAGGGGCGCGCGGGGAGGAAGGCGCGGGACGAGGCGGAGUGGGAGACGGGCGACGAGACGGACGAGGGAGGCGAUGGAUACCAGAGCUCGGAUGACGAAGGGAAGCGAAGGGGCAGGCCGAAGAGGAAGGCGGCGCAGGCCAUGGAGGCUGCGCUGCGUGCCACUGUUCCCGCCGAGCCCACUCCGUCGGACGAAAACCCCGCGCGCUCCGCGUCGGAAGGGCCCGCCGCGCCCGAGACUCCGUCGCCGAAAGCGAAGGAGGCGCGGGCGCCUGACGCACGGGCGAGCGACGAGGCCCCGGCCAAGGAGGCGAACGUGGCAGCGGCGGAGGCUGGCAAGGAGGGCCGCGCCCCGGCGGAGAACCGGAAGCGCGGGAACGUCGAGGACGAGGAGGCCACGCGCCGCGAGCUGAAGGCCCUGGCGGAGAUCCGGAAGAAGCGCAAGCUCGUGGUCGCGCCGAAGGCGUCGAAGAAGAAGGCGGCGAAGGCGGCGGAGCAGGAGGCCGCGCGCCAAGGUGCCAUGGACGGCAGCCACGCGCACGGCCGCCUCGCGCGCGCGGUCGGCGCGCCGGCCGACGAGGCGGACGACGACAUGGCAGGUCUGCUGGAUGACUAG